AUGUCGCCUCACUCAAAGAAGUCAAGCGUUGGCGCCGAUGCCGUGGAUGAGGAGGAGGGUGGGUUUGUUGGGUUUGUGGGAUUUGGGGUGCCAGAAAUGGAUGAGGGUGCCGUCGCCGAGAUCGGUGGUGCUGGAUUGGAGACCGGCGUUGCCGAAGGAGUACCUGUACAACCAAUCUUGCAAGGUCGUCAGGCUAAUACACUUGACCAUGAUGGGUACCGUAUAGCAGAGAGAGAUAGCGAGAGAGGGGGAGUGAAGAUAUGUCAGUCUUCCUUGAUGGGCCCACCCCCCCAGACUCUUGCCCAGCCAGACUCCUGGCGACAGCGGUAUCCACCACCAUCUGAAAUUCGGGGGACCUUUUAUAUUGCUCCACUGCUGCGAUGCACAGAUCAGGAUAGGCCGCCCUCUCAGACGCCGCCAUCGCCCUCUCCUCGUCCAGCUCUCUUUGCAGGGCCCCCCUUUUCGCCGCCGCCGUCGCCCUCUCCUUUUCUACCCCUUUCUUCAGGCUCUCCAGCUCAGCCACCGCCUUCGCCUACUCUGUUUCCCACUCCCUCAGAAGCCUCAUCUUCUCCUCCUCCGCUCUGGCGCGCUCCUCCCCCAACACCUUCAACAGAUCUGCAAUCCUGGAAUCUGCUUCAUCCUUCUGCCUGA